UCAUUUAUAAAGUUUUUUUAGAACAACGCCAACAAAUUUAAACAUACAAACUGCCCUGCAUUUUGCCGGCACCUUCUCAACUCCGUCGUCAUGCGCCACCUUCUACUUCCUCUCCUAACCCCACACCGCCGUGUCCAUCCCCUAUCUCUCCUCUAUCUCCACCUACGCUCCGCCCAUUUCAAACCCCACAAGCCCCAACCGGCCCCAUCACCUCCUACCCCACCAAAACCCCCUAAAAAACCGGAAACAUUCACAUUACACGAUCAAACAUGGGAAGACCAGUACAGCUGGAUGUCUAAUCUUAACGACAAAGUAGCCAUGCGACAUAUGGAUGUUUACAUGGAACAAGAAGAGAAGUACACUGAAGCUGUCAUGUCUGAUACUCUACGUCUCCAGUCCAAAUUACAAUCUGAAAUGGCUUCUCGUAUGGAGUUUCAUCUCUCCACUCUCCCUGUUCGCUGGGGCCCUUGGUUGUAUUAUCGCCGAGUUGAAGAAGGGAAACAGUACCCGGUUCUUUGCAGGAGGUUAGUUAGUAAGAAUGAGGAGUUUAUUUCGAAUAAAAGCCCUUCUGCCGGAUUUGAUUUUACGUCAGGGAGGAGGAUUGAAGAGAAGCUACUUGAUUAUAAUAAGGAGGCUGAGAGAUUUGGGGGUUAUGCUUAUGAGGAGCUAUCUGAAGUCUCGCCAGAUCAUCGUUAUCUUGCGUACACUAUGUAUGAUAAGGAUAAUGAUUAUUUUAAGUUAUCAGUCAGGGAUAUGAAUUUCGGGUCUAAUUGUAAUAAUCCCCAAGCUGAUCGUGUGUCGGGUUUGGCUUGGGCUAUGGACGGGAAAGCAUUGCUUUAUGUUGUAACUGAUGACGAACUGAGGCCAUAUAAGGUAUAUUGUAACAUACUUGGAACAAAUGAGGAUGUAUUAAUUUACAAAGAGACCGAAGGAAAUGUACAUAUCAACAUAAGGCACACCAAAGAUUUUCGUUUCAUAUCUGUAAAUACCUUUUCAGCGGCAUAUUCAAAGGUAUUUUUGAUAAAUGCAGCUGAUCCUUUGUCUGGAUUGAACCUUGUUUGGGAGUGUGCAACACAAGCCCACUGCAUUGUAGAGCAUCACCAAGGAUAUCUUUACCUUUUCACAGAUUCUACCAGAGAGGGUCAUCUUGCUGAUCACCAUUACCUUCUGCGCACUUCCAUUGACUCAUCUUCAGGUCCAAAAACGUGGGAGAAUGUGUUACUUGAUGACCCAGAGCUUACCAUCGAAGAUGUUGAUUUCAGCGACUCACACUUGGUACUUGUUGUAAGGGAAGGUCGAAAUCUCAAACUCUGUUCGGUUGAUCUGCCUCUGCCAUGUGGUAAGGGUGCAGUUCAUUUCAAAGAGCUCAAUCCACGCUAUCUAUCACUUCCAAAUCAUGUGUGCCAAAUCUCACCUGGACCAAAUUAUGACUACUACUCCUUAACUAUGCGAUUUACCAUAUCUUCACCUGUGAUGCCCGAUGCUGUUGUGGAUUAUGAAUUGUCAAGUGGUACAUGGAAUAUCAUUCAGCAACAGGAUCUUCUUCAUGAACGAAAGCGUGUUUUAUAUGGGUCCGCUUCUUCUGUCGGAAGCCCUGAGAUUCCAUCCUUCUCCCCAGAUGAUCUUGAUUCUGAUCAGAAUAACUUGUGGAACAGCCUAUCUGAAUAUUAUGCUUGUGAACAAUAUGAGGUCCCUUCACAUGAUAAAGUUCUGGUUUCUUUAACUGUUGUAUACUCGCACAAUAGAAUGAAGCAGGGUCAAAACCCUGGAUUACUUCAUGGGCAUGGAGCUUACGGGGAGUUACUUGACAAAAGGUGGCGCAGUGAACUAAAAAGCCUUCUUGAUCGGGGUUGGGUUAUAGCAUAUGCGGAUGUUAGAGGUGGAGGUGGCGGGGGUAAAAAGUGGCAUCAAGAUGGUAAAUGCACAAAAAAAUACAAUUCCAUUAGUGAUUAUAUAUCAUGUGCUAAAUUCUUAAUUGAGAGGGAGAUCGUACAAGAAGACAAGCUUGCUGGUUGGGGAUACAGUGCAGGCGGAUUUUUGGUUGCUUCAGCCAUCAAUUGCAGUCCACAUUUAUUUCGUGCUGCAAUUCUAAAGGUUCCCUUUCUGGAUCCAAGAAACACACUUUUCAAGCCUGUAUUACCACUUACAGCAGCUGAUUUUGAGGAAUUUGGUUACCCCGAUGAUGUUGAGGAUUUUGAUGCUAUACGGAGAUAUUCUCCAUAUGACAAUAUUCCAAAGGGAGUUCUUUAUCCAGCUGUUCUAGUCACCUCGUCGUUCAACACCAGGUUUGGUGUUUGGGAAGCAGCAAAAUGGGUUGCUCGAGUGCGAGAGGAUACCAUCUAUGAUCCUAAACGUCCAAUACUUCUCAAUCUAUUCACAGAUAUAGUGGAAGAGAACAAGUAUCUACAAUGCAAGGAGUCAGCAUUGGAGACUGCUUUUCUUCUGAAGGUGAUUGAUUCAUGAUUAUGCAUUUGUCAACCUCUAGAACACUAUUUGUUACAAUCUGAAGGAAAAUACGUAAAAUGGGAAAAAGAUGCAACCCUUCCAGAGUAAGCUAUCAUGACCUCCAGAUAUAACCAUGUUUUACUCAUGCUCCGAAAGAAGGAAGCCGUAUGUCCUUAUAACGGUUAGCUGCCAAGUCACUUCUGCAUUAGGAAUCUCCCUUUCGGCAUUGACAAAUCAGUUUACCCUGGUGUAUGUUAUAAUAUCACUGUAGUGUUGAUAUUUAGAAUUGGUUAGACAAGGAUACUGAGACGGAUACCAAGUAAUUCAUCGUUUACUUUAAUAUGGCAAAUCUGUUACAUGUAUUAUAUCAGUUGUAUGUCAUUGCUCAUCUGGUUGUAAUAAACUAUGCAAAACAGUUGGUCAGGAUGUUGUAUU